GGGUGCCUGAGAUUUUCUUACGAUUCUAGCUCACAAUUCUACCUCAUCUCCAUCUCUUCUCCUCUCUACUCAUUGAUUCUUGGAUUUUCCAAAAAUGAAAAUUUUAUCUUCUUCAUCUCUUCUCCUUCCUACUCAAUUUGGAUUUAGAGUAUUAUUUUCAAAAAAUAGUGAUCUGUGCUUAUUGAUUUCGCAGACAAAUUUCCACUCGAUUUUGCUCACGACUUUACAGUCCAUCUCAAUCAUUCUUCCGAAUAUUAACACGCAGUUGGAUGUCAAAGCUAUGUGAGAGUAGUUCGAAGAUGGAUUGUUCCUGAAAAGUGAAAUUCCUCUAAACCAUAUAUGAUUGAAAUCGUUAUCAUUGAGGAGGAGGAGGUACAUCACUUACUAAUUCCUUAUUCAUUCAAAUAUGCCAGUGUUUGAAGAAACUAAAAUAAAAAAAAUGAUUAGUUCUACCAUAUGUACAACUACAAGAAAGUGAUAUUAAUUCUGUCUGUUUUGUGCAUUUGCACCCUUUUUAUUCAACCAUCAAUUUUUUAGUUAUUUUUUUUCUUUCAUUGUUAUUUUAGUCGGGCAUGAUGUAAUGACUCUGUGACUAAGGAGUAAACUUAGAUCCUUUCUUUAUGUAUCUAAUUUGCUUAAUCUGUCUGGGCAUAUGUGCUUAGUUGAGGAUUAAUAUGCUUAGUUGCUUAAUGUUGCUUGAUACGUUUGUAAUUUCCGUGUGUUUAUUUACAUUUUUAGUUAGUUUUGGUUGUUUAGUAUUUCGGAAAUUACACACUUUCGGUGUAAUAGUUUAGUUUGUUAAGAUUCUUGUAAAUUGUUUAGAUUAGGAUUAUUCUGAGCUCAAACAGGUCUAACAUCACUCAAGGACAGUUGGUGAACCCCAAAAGUGGAAGGAAGGUGCAAAAUCACAAGACAAAAGAAGGAACUCCUUAUUUUUGUCUAUACUCGGUCGAGUAUCUCCUAUACUCGAUCGAGUAUCUGGUUGAAAUUUCAAAUCGGAUCGGAUCCGAAAACAAAGGAACAUGCAGAAGAAGAUUUCCCCACGAUCGAGUGUCUAUACCCGAUCGGGUACACCGACAUACUCGAUCGGGUAUAGCUAUGAAUUCUACUCUAAAUUCGAUCGAGUAUGGAUCGAAUUCAGCUUUCUACACAUACUCGAUCGAGUACAUAUAUAUAUAUUCGAUCGAGUACCCGACCUGCACCCCAAAAAAGCCUAUAAAUACACCUCCUUUCCUUCACAAUAUUUUCACCAAUUCCUAUAUACUUCUAAGCUCAGUUUAGACAAGUUCUUUCUUUAUAUUUUUAUCAUGUUUAGUCUCCAAAUGAGGAGCUAAACUCUUCCAUCUUGGUUUUGCUACUUUGAAGCUUAAUGAUUUGUAAGUUGUGAGUUAUUUUCUUUAAUCUUCUUCCUUGAAUAUUAAUUACUUCCUAUUCAUAUCCCAUAUUAAUAUAUUGAGCAUUACUUAAAGUAUCAACUAGUCUUGUUCUAUAUAUUAAUUAUUACUAGAAUCAAUCGGUUAAUACGCUUGUUAUUAAUUCGGUUCUUUCAAUGGUAGUAAACUUGGAUUGCUAAUGCAUGCUUCUCAUGAUUAAUAAUCUAAGGGGAAUUAAUUAUAUUGAUUAAACCAAUAAACCGUUUGAGUUGAGGUUAUCAAUCUCAAUCGUUUUCAUCUUAAGUUUAUUGCUACUAUCAAGUUAAUAUAUGGCGCUUGUUCUAUAUUGACUCGAUAGUAAGUUUUGUUAAUGAACGCUUCUCGUUAUUGAUAACUACCCUCGAUGAAUUGGAUAUACUCCUCGAUUGAGUAUUCGAGAGGAAGAUAGUUAAAGAUACAACCGGGAUCGAAGAACAUUUCAUUAAGUGGAUAAAAGCAAAGCCAAGUAUUCUUCUCAUUAAUUAAAUCACAUAACUCGUUCAUCUUCGUGUUAAUUUUAAUUAAAUCACUCAAACCUAAACCCCCCCUUUUGUUACUAGUUUAUAAAGAGAGAAGUAUUCCUUUCCCUGUGGAUACGAACCUUACUACACUAUACUACGUAUUAGUGUCGUAUUGUAUUAUUUUGAGUGCAUACCACGACAAAGUGCACGUCAAAUUUGGCGCCGUUGCCGGGGAAAGGCAAUUAUUUUUCUUUUUAUUUUAUUUCAAGAAAAAUCAAAAAAAAAUUUAAAUAAAAAUAUAAAGAAUUCUUAUUUUCUAUUUCUGAGCUUUGUUUGAGUAUAUGGUUAAACACCGAUCUAUAAACCAAAUCACCUACCAAACAAAUCCCGAAACGGAACAAGCCUUCGAGAGGUUUAGGAAUUUAUUUCCGAAUACUUCUUCGGAGGAAUCAUCAAGCACUAGUUCUUAUUCUAGCGAGAACGAAGAGCCAAUCACUAUGGCUCAAGAAACGAGAACUUUGAGGGAGCUCACAGCUCCGAACUUGAAUCAACAACCGUUAUGUAUUACCUUCCCUACACUCAACGAGGGUAAUACAUUUGAGCUGAAAUCUGGGCUCAUUCAUCUUUUGCCAUCCUUCCAUGGCCUAAGAGGGGAGGAUCCGAAUAAACACCUCUCGGAGUUCCAUGUUAUGUGCACAAGCAUGUGCCCUAAUGGAGUCACCGAGGAGCAAAUCAAAUUGCGGGCUUUCCCAUUCUCACUCAAGGACACCGCAAAGGAUUGGCUAUUCUAUCUUCCUUCGGGAAGUAUAGACACAUGGGCGGCAAUGAAAAAGGCUUUCCUUGAAAGGUACUAUACCGCCUCUGUCUCCUCAUCUAUCAAAAAACAAAUCAGCAAUGUGGAGCAAAAUGACGAUGAAUCGUUCUACGAAUAUUGGGAACGAUUCAAGAAACUUUGCGCAAGCUGUCCAUACCACGGCUACUCGGAGCAAGACCUCAUUCUAUACUUUUAUGAUGGUCUUUGCAAUGAUGAUAGACGAAUGAUCAAC